CAGCUGUAGUUUAUCUAAGCCUGUCCUCCCGUCGAGCUGUCGAGCUGUCAAGCUGUCAAGCUGUCAAGCUGUAAAGCUGUCAAGCUGUCAAGCUGAAUUCCAAGGCCUUGCGGGUUUUCGGGCACCUUCAAGUUUCCCUUCGCUGGGCAAAUGCGACAACAAGUCCCACCUCGCCUUUGACUGCUUCGAUGUAAAUCCACACUUGCAAAGCUUCCAAGAUGCAAGUCAAGAAGAUACCCAAUGUCGAUGCCAUCAGGGGCGGCGAGAGACACUCUGGCGAACUCCAUCUUACGGAACACCAUAUCAUAUUUUCCUUUCCUAGUACCCAACCAGAUGGAGCACCAAUACAACCGAGUGCAAUACAACCGAGCGCCUCAAAACCUCGCGAGGUUUAUAUCGCCUAUCCCAUAAUUGCCAACUGUAUCUUUCGACCGUGUCCUAGUGCGACCGGGCGCCCAUCCUCGAUACGGCUACGGUGUCGCGAUUUUAUGUUUAUAAACUUCAACUUCUCGGAUGAGGUACAGGGGCGGGAUGCGUUUGAAUACAUCCGGAACCGCACUUGUCGGCUCGGUUCGAUAGAAAAGCUAUACGCUUUCAGCUACCAACCCUUGAAGCUGGAGAAACCGUUCGACGGAUGGAACAUCUACGAUCCGAGAGUCGAGUUUCGACGGCAAGGGAUCAGCACCAAGUCUGUCGAUAGAGGAUGGAGGAUAUCCUUAAUAAAUAAGGAUUAUAAUUUCUCGCCGACCUACCCUGGCCUUCUCGUCGUUCCCUCUAAGAUAUCCGACAAUGUCAUCAAGUAUGCUGGCUCGUACCGAUCGAGGCAGCGCAUACCUGUCUUGACAUAUCUUCACUCCCUAAAUAAUUGCUCCAUCACGCGGAGUUCUCAGCCUAUGGUCGGGUUCAGGGGGAAUCGCAGCAUACAGGACGAGAAGCUGGUCAGCGCGUGCUUCUCCGCUUCGGCUACCGUUGAGUUUAAUGGAAUAGAAGCCCCAGUAGCGGACACGACGGAGCCCAGCCCAGCGUCCAGUCAUGCGGAUCUCCGAGAUACUUUGGAUACGGAAACUUCAGAAACCGAACGCCUCGAGGAUGAGCUCAUCGCGGGGGACGAGAGCAACUACGAUACGAAAACAGGAAAGCGGUUGGUAUAUGGCGCACAGCAGAGCAAUCUCAUCGUGGAUGCUCGACCAACCAUCAACGCAGUUGUAAUGCAGGCAAUGGGAAAGGGGUCGGAAAAUAUGGAAUACUACAAGUUCGCUAAGAAAGCCUAUCUGAAUAUCGAGAAUAUUCACGUCAUGAGAGAAUCUCUUAACACCGUUAUAGAGGCUUUGAAAGAUGGAGACAUCUCUCGCCUCCCUCCUAAUCGCGAACUGCUCGCGAAGAGCGGUUGGCUUAAACACAUUACCGGUAUACUCGACGGGUCGGCCCUGAUCGCACGCCAAGUUGGUAUAAGACACUCGCACGUCUUGAUCCACUGUUCGGACGGUUGGGACCGUACUAGCCAGCUAUCAGCCCUGUCGCAGCUGAUGCUAGAUCCUUACUACCGCACAAUCGAAGGGUUUAUCGUAUUAAUCGAGAAAGAUUGGUUAUCCUUUGGGCACAUGUUCCAACAACGUUCCGGCUUGCUCAACCACGAGAAGUGGUUUGCUGUAGAACGCGAUUCCCUGGCUGGUUCGGCGAUACAGCCCGGCGAGUCGGACGGCCGCGCGGGCGAAGCCUUCGAAAAUGCGCUCGCGAGCGCAAAGCGAUUCUUCAAGAACCGUAGCAGCGAAGCUAACGCAGAAUCGGACGGCGACGGUGUAGCAUCGCCAGCCGACGAUCCGUCGCAAGUCAAGAAACCGGCACCAGGUACGCCCGAAGCUAGCGAAGCCACUCGACCCAACGAGAUAUCCCCUGUUUUCCACCAAUUCCUCGACGCGACGUACCAGAUCUUGCGGCAGCAUCCUAAUCGUUUCGAGUUCAACGAGCGAUUCCUGCGGCGACUCCUCUACCACCUCUAUGCCGGACAGUACGGCACGUUCCUAUGGAAUAACGAGAAGUCCCGCAAAGACGCCCGAGCGAACGAGAGGACGAGGUCGGUAUGGGACUAUUUCCUAUCACGGAAACCAGAGUUUAUCAACCGAGACUAUGACGCGACGAUUGACGAUCGGCAAAGCGGCCGCGAGAGGCUCAUCUUCCCGAAACUUUCUGACGUGCGCUGGUGGCACCAGCUCUUUGGCAGGUCAGAUGCGGAGAUGAACGAGUACCUCGAUCUAGCUGCGGCGAGGGACGAGAGGCUCGGCAGCUACGCCCUAGGCACCACAACGCCAUCCAUGCCGGGUGGCUUCACGGGCUCUCCAAAUAGAUCGCCACGGCCGCCGCAAAGUCCCCAACCGCCAAGCUUACCUCUAAGCAAGAGCGUGCUUACAGGUGUGGAAUCCGCACACGAAGCACUUACGUCGGAGCAACGGGCGGUAACUAACCCGGCAAGUCUAAAACACAACGCCAGCGCCGACACGCCCAACGCGUUCACAACAAAUCUCGCUAAGAUUAGGGACGGGGUGGCCGGGCUAGAUAUAGGACGAGGCAUGUUCGGGGGUUCUAGCGCUGCGAGCGUCGGCGAAGACGCGAGCGUGAAAUCGGGCGAACAGGAGAUGGCGGAUAUGCCUACAGGGAGCGAGAGAGGGAGCGAGAAGGGGAGCACGGAAAUUGCGUGAUCGUGAGGUUUUCCUCCCUGGCCACAAUAUGGGCAUUAUUAUGGUGUGGCAUUGUAAGAGUUACUACUAGGCGCCCUACGAACGAGAAUUAACAAAAGAAGAUGCGAUACGCUAGUUACGUUGUAUGUUGAUGUCACGCAUAUAUACCUAUGUACAAGUAUUCGCUUGACGGUGUUGGCUCUUGGCUCUUGGAGGGUGUUCUGGUUUGGGCAAGAGGUUAGAUGGGGUAAGAGGUUUGUUAGUUGGUAUGAGACGAUGACGUGAUGGGGAUAAGGCAACCAACGUUGUUGAUGUUUAGAUCGGCCAUGGUCUAUCUACUGUA